AUGAAGCUUCGUUCGAAAAUCACAUACUCGUUUGAAUAUGUCAACAAUCACAUUCGCUGGGCAAUCUUGCCUCCAGAGAUUCGACUGAUGAUCCUCGAGCAAGUUGAAAUCGGAUAUAAAGGACACGAUUUGUCGGACUGGGCAAGCGUCUCAAGGGAAUGGCAAGCCUUCUUCGAAGCGCGGAUUUUCCAACGCCUGAGGCUUCGGUAUCCUGGUUCCGACAUCGAUAAUCUAAGCUCUUUUGUUCACGGUUAUCGAAGAGAUCUAGUCAAGGAGAUACUACUCCACGUCAGCCUUGACGAAUACGAUAACGUGAACAAGUUCGACGAACCAGAGACCCGAGACACGAUCAGAACGAACAACAAGCUCUUCAGUCAAGCGCUAAAAAAGUUAUUCAUCUCUCUUUCAACAUGGUCUACGCCGAAAUGUGGCGUCAAAUUAAGGUUGAGCGCCAGCUCUCCGAGUGAUUCAGGCCACCCCUGGGACCAUCGCGCCGAGGCGAGUCAACAUGAUCGCAGACGCAUAUACUCCUCAAAGUCGAAACAGCGUCUCCUCGGCAACUUAUUGAACACCAGUUCCGGCACUCUCAAGCUUGCUCAGGUCCCCAUCGUCAGAAAGCUUUUCGUAAACCAAUAUUGCUACAGAAGUAUGUCGGAGGCAUUGCUUGCGAAAGUUCUUGGUAGUCUUUGCCGUCUCAGGACUGUCAGCUACGAGCCAUGGCACGCGAUAGCUCAAUACGAACAAUUCCCCCGCGACGAGGCAAUGAUCAUGCUACUCGACCGUGCGGCCAAAAUUUCCACGAUAAGUUCAGUACAUGUUUGGGAAGCGCAGUCUAAACUUAACGGAAGCCCGCGUUUUCUUCGGAUGCGCAAUGACGACCUUGUAUCUUCGGCGGUCAACGCAAGCUAUCGGCUCCGGUUUCUUACUCUCUGUCACGCUGUUGAUGCUACAGACUUCUUCCGGCAUUCGUCAAGGGAUAUACCGGAGAAUACCACUGAGCUAUCAGAUAGUCUUCGAGCCUGGCCAGCCCUUACAAAUUUAGCCCUAACGACAUGUAUUGGAGACCUAGUAACCAGCCCGUCAGCUCUAGAUCGUCUGCUUCUUCAGGCAAGCAGGGCUGCUCUGCGCAUGCCCUUACUCAAGAAAAUGGAAAUUUGGGCCCCGGGCGCCCGUGAGGGAUUUAUUCUGAGAUACCACGUUUGGAGAGGCUCGCCAUUUCUUACCGUUAUAGCGACAUGGCAGCUCAAGUUGAGUAAGGAGGCUUUGAGAUCAUGGGAACAAGUGGCAGCUAGCUGUACAGAACGCGGACUGACCUGCAAUGUGAGGCUGGUGAAAACGGAAACUACAAUGUCCGACUCACCAUAUGCGCUUUGUCACAUGUUGGCAUUAUUUCCGCAACUGAGAGAAUGGAAACUACUUUCAAGGUUGUAG